CAGAUCCCUCUACCUCACCAGAGCCCGCAGGCCGCGCACGGCGCCUGGCCACUCCUAAAGUUGGUCUUCCUGGGUACCCUGCAAGUGCUUCCGUCUACAGAGGCUACCUCAGUAAAGUACGAGACUGUGUCUUGAUGGUUAGCCCCCAGACUGAAAACAGCGUAAAGAGAAGUGCUCCAGCACACGUGUGAAUGUAAGUUCCCUGAGGGCAGAAACUGUAUCUUGUUUAUCUGUCCAUCUCUAGCUCUGAGCACAAGGAAAAUGAAAUGUUCAAGAAAUAUUUGUUGCUCUCCCCGGCGACGGCGCCGCAACAAGAUGGCGGACGACAGAGACAGGGACGGCACAGAGGUAGCUGUAGCAGAAUUUCACAAAAAAAUCAAAGAAGCUUUUGAAGUGUUUGACCAUGAGUCAAAUAAUACAGUGGAUGUGAGAGAGGUCAGAACAAUUAUCAGGUCAUUAGGAUGCUGCCCUAGUGAAGGAGAGCUACAUGAUCUGAUUGCAGAGGUAGAGGAAGAACCCCCCACUGGAUACAUUCGAUUUGAAAAAUUUCUACCAGUGAUGACUGAAGUGCUACUGGAAAGAAGAUAUAGACCAAUUCCGGAAGAUAUCCUUCUUCGAGCUUUUGAGGUAUUAGAUCCAGCUAAACGAGGAUUUCUUUCUAAGGAUGAACUGAUAAAGUAUAUGACUGAAGAAGGUGAGCCUUUUUCUCAGGAGGAAAUGGAAGAACUGUUGUCUGCUGCAAUUGAUCCAGAAUCGAAUUCAAUUCAUUAUAAGGACUACAUAAUAAUGAUGGUGAUAGAUGAGAAUUAAACACUCUAAAGACUUCAUUUCUAAUUGAAAGUAUAAUUUUUGCUUGUCCUUGUUAAUUUCACAUUUUGUCUUAUAACUCCUACAUAUUGCUAAUUAAUUCCUUGUGACAACUAUUUGAAGAUAUUUUGUUUUUUAAAGGUGAUCAUACAGUUUAAAAUACAGAUCUAUUUAGCAAAAAAAAAAAAAGAAAUAUUUGUUGAAUUGUCAGGAAAUAAUAGUAAUGACCACAGUGCAAAUGCAGGGGGUUAGCAUCCAAACACACACCUUUCACAUUUGCAAAGCCCCUUGAAUCUUUUUUUCGUCAUAAUAGCCUUGUGAGUUAAGGUAGGAAGUUAUUCUUUUCUAUUUGGCUUGGACAGUUGAUAUGAGCUCAGUAAACUUUAAGAGAAACCUCAAUUUAGGGAACUGGCUCCAUAAUAGUCAAGGAAAAAAAUUUACAUUCUUUCAAAGAUGUACUGAGUGCCUAAGUUUGGCUGGGCAUUGGGGUGAGCAGAGAGGGUGAAAAGGUGUACAUAAUAUGAAGCAGAUGAGUGAAAAUAGGGCUGAACACUAACGGCAAGUAGAACUUACCUUCCUUUGAAGGCAGGGAAUUUAAGAAAG